GUCACGGCAAGUUACCUGAACGAAGACAUCUCCGGCCGACUCAUGGCCGCGACAACCGUUAUUCUGAUCCUCACAACGACGCUUCUCGCUCUGCGAGUUUAUGCGCGGAGUCUGGCCCAUGUCACCAGCGGCUGGGAUGACAUCCUGCUCGUUCCUGCGUGGCUUCUCUGCCUCGGAACAUGUAUAACGAAUUAUUUCGUCAUCACCCACGGGGGAGCAGGCCGCCACGUCCAAGCCGUAAUCCAGGACAACCCCUCCAAAAUCAUCAUCCGCGGCAAGCUCCUCUACGCACUCAGCUGGCUCUCCGCCUUCUCCAACACCUUCUCGCGGACGUCAAUCCUGGUGCUCUUCCGCCGCAUCUUCCCUCCCGGCGUGACCCGCAUCGUCACCGACCUGACCAUCGCGUAUCUGGUGUUGUUCGUGCUCGCGCAGGCCGUCGUCGGCCUCACGGAAUGUCGUCCGCUGGCCUACUUCUGGGACCGCAAUCUGCCCGGCGGCGGGUGGUGCCUCGACCAGUUCCUGUUCUACCGGAUGUCCGGGCUGCUGAACAUCGUCGCGGAUGUGAUUAUUCUGGUGCUGCCAAUUCCGACCGUGUGGACACUGCAUGCCUCCCUCGCAAGGCGGACGGGGAUUGCGUUGGUGUUUUUGUCGGGGAGUUGCGGCCUCAUCGCCUCUUGUGUGCGUACCUCGUACUUUUUCACUGCUGCUAACGUGUCCAUGAAUGAUCCUACUUGGGCAGACGUCAACCUCAUGACCUGGACCACCGUCGAAACGGGCCUGUACCUCUCCGCCGCCUGCAUGAUCGGGCUGCGGCCCCUGCUCAACAAACUC